AUGGAAGAUAAAGAACACAAACAGAACCCUGAGUCCAAGGAGAAAAUCAUUCAAUUUUUUUCAGAUUUCAUGACAAGGAUCACCAUGCUUGAAGAACUAGCAGACGUCGGAAGCAAAUUACUCGUUGGCUUUCAGCAAGCACUCGCUAUCACCAGUGCCAGCCAGUCCAUUACGGCACCAUCAAGUUAUCAGCUGUCAAAUGCGAUCAAUGCUUAUUGGUCGUCUAAGAUGUUCGCCGGUAUUUGCUUUUCAGCAACGAAAGGGCAAUACAAGAAUAACAAAAACAACAGUCAGAGCUCGAAAACCAUGACAAUCAAAGCAAAUACUGGUAAGUCUGUGUCAACAACAUGA